AAUCUUUGAAACAACAUCAAUCCUUGCACAAACCAAGGCACAUUGUCCAAAAAUCCUCAAAGAAAUAAAAAAACCCCUGUUUUCAAUUCAUAAUGGACAUCAAUGUCGAAAACCAGCAACCCCUGUUAGAAAACAAAGAACCACAGGAGGUUGUCCUGGGAAAACAGCAACCCUCGUCGGAGAAUUCUACGGCAGCACAGCCAAAGAAGAAGCCGUCGAAGACAAAGAGGCAGAAGGUGGUGAGAAAAGCCUUCAAGGGAACAGCCCAUUUGGCCAAGCUUCUCCCAACAGGCUCCGUCCUAACCUUCCAGAUUCUCUCCCCUGUUCUAACCCGCCAAGGUCAAUGCAAAACUCCGGUGAACCAGUACAUGACCAUGGGCAUGGUGGCCCUCUGCGCCGCGUCCUGUUUCAUCCAGUCGUUCACCGACAGUUUCCGCGAUGAGAGGGGAAAAGUCCGAUAUGGGGUGGCCACGUUUAGGGGGUUGUGGGUGGUGGAUGGCUUCGUGAAGCUUUCGGCGGAGGAGAAGGAGAAAUACAAGCUGAGGUUUAUUGAUUUCUUCCAUGCGUUUGUUUCUCUGCUGGUUUUUGCAGCGGUUGCUUUGUUCGAUCAGAACGUUGUGAAGUGCUUUAACCCGACGCCAUCUGAGGAGGUCAAGGAGCUUCUAGCGGAGCUGCCAGUUGCCAUUGGCGUUGUUUGCAGUGUUUUGUUCGUUGCGUUCCCUUCUAGACGCCAUGGAGUCGGUGCUCCUCUUUCUCGGGACUAGUAUUUUUCAUUUCUACUUUUACUUUUUCCUGCAAUAUUGUAUCUCAUCAAUUUCUACAAUUAACAUGUGGGAGAAAUUAAAUGAUCUUAAGGCUU